UCUAUUCGUGCAAAAUAUUAAAUCAAUUGUGUGCGUAAAAUGAAAAUAAAAAACCCGUUCAUUCUUUGAUGUUCAAGCGAUAUUACCGAAAAUGGAUGAAAAAUUUCGAUAACAAUGUUGUUUAACGCCCCGGGAGCCGAAAACCGUUUGUUGAAAAGGAAUUUGUUAAACUCUCUAUUGUUGGCAACAAGAGUGAUUGAAGGUGUAGCAAGAGAUAUGUACGGUUGCAAUAAUAAUUGUCAGUGGCAGAAGACUAUUCUUGGACACACGCUUACAAUGUCUCGAAGACCAUGUUUGGAAGCCUGCGACAGCGGCACUAAGAAUGCUAUAACCGCCUUUAGAUCUUGGCUUCAAGCCCAUGAAGAAGCUCAGGUAAUGAUUGCCAGUAUUUUGGUGGUUGUUGGUCUGUGGUGGCUCGUCCGGACUGUGCUGGCGCUCUUGAUAAACCUCAUUUGUCCCGUUUUCGUUGUGCUACUCGCUGUGGUUUGUAUUCCUCAACUCCGUGCUCCCUUACUUGGUCAAAAUUACCCUCUACUGGCGAACAUUAUGAGGGACAUACUAUUGAAGAUGGCUGAAAAUAUUAAAUCCUAGAAAAGUGUUCUUUGUAAAAUAUGUAUUUUUUAAGUUCUAUAAACAUUCAAGUUAUUAAAGGUCAACAAUAA